GUGUGCGCGCGUGUGUGUGUGCGCGCGAGUGCCCAGGAGCACUGUCCUUGUCCCCUCACUGAAGGGCUCCACACAGCCUGGCAUCCCCAGUGGAUGGUGGCACUGGGAUCUGGCUGCUGGUGCAGGAUGGAGCUUGGGCACCCAGCGCUCCCAGCCCAGAGCUGCGCCUGGCCACCACAGCCCGCCCAGCCUAGGGGCCAACCUGGAGCCCAGCCUGUCCCUGCAGUGCAGGCUUGUGCAGAAGGUGAGCGAGCGUGGCCUGUGUCCAGCCAGCCCCGGUAGUUGCUGCUUGCUCAAGUAACCCAGCCUGGCAGCACAGAGCUGGCUUUCAUGGGGUAUAAUUGUCUGCACUGAUGCAUAUUGACGAGCAUAAUUCUGGUUACGAGCAGCAUCAUGCCUGUCCCAGGGGCUGAAUCUUCACAUGCUUUGAGCACUCCUUGCAUUCUGCAGCUGCCUACAUGCCAUGUCACUGCGCUCUGAGCACACUUUGGUGGCCCACAGUGCACUCUGACUGUCGGGCUGUGGCCGGUCAGUCGCUUGUAGGCUCCUCACUCCCCAGAUGGCCCAGGCAGCAUCACCUGGCUUCCUAGCACUGCCUGAACCUGCAAGGGGGAAAGGGAGAUGCCACAGACCCUGGCUCUGUUGGCCCCUGACACCCGUUUUUCCUAUGCAAAGCCAUGCAGGCGGGUUAGAUGGAGGCACUACCGGUGGUGAUAGCCGCUAGGAGGGCCCUCAGCCCUGCAUGCAGGAGUGCACCAGUGCUUCUCCUGGCCUCACCCCCCACACACAAAUGGACCACAGUAACAAAGCCACGUGCUUGCUUCCCAUUACAAAGUCUUGUGGCUCAGAGAGGCUGCAGGACACAGAUCUGCCUCACUAUUCAUCUGACAAACAGGAAAAGCAGCCAGAAAUAGAGCAGAGUAGCGCAGUGAUGACGAACACGAGGUUCUGCACGCACGCAGGUACCGGUGUCCGUGCAGCUGCAGACCAGGGAAGUACUGACGUGGCAGCACUUCUGCAAACCAGAACCUGCGCGACGGCGAGGAUCACGAGCCAAACUGCGUCAACAGCCCAGAGCAGCGUGACGAGGCCAGAUGUUUGCGGGCAGGUUUCUAUGGGAGGCCAUGGUCCAUGGAACAGAGGAAACUUCUCUUCAGAUGGCAAGUAUCCCGAAUUGGUUUUAAACUGAGAUGGGAGGUUUAGGUUGGAUAUCAGGAGGAAGUUUUUCACCCAGAGGGUGGUGAGGCACUGGAACAGGUUGCCCAAGGAGGCUGUGGAUGCCCCAUCCCUGCAGGCAUUCGAGGCCAGGCUGGAUGUGGCUCUGGGCAGCCUGGGCUGCUGGUUGGUGACCCUGCAUACAGCAGGGGGUUGGAAUGAGAUGAGCAUUGUGCUCCUUUGCAACCCAGGCCAUCCCUGUGAUUCUAUGAUUCUACGAAUUUUGCUCUCUGCAGUCACUAGGAAGGUAGACAAGGUGGAAUCCAAUGGCGCAUGACAGUCCCCGCUGCUCCCAGGGCCGGUCAAGGGGAAAAGCCCCUGUGCUGCCCCGAGCCGAAGUGCGGAGACCGCGGGAUGGGGGGGGCGGCGGACGGAGCUGACAGGAGCCGGCGGUGCCGGCCGUGCCCACCAGGUGGCGCUGUGGCUCUGCGGCCGCUGGACGCGCCGGGCCGGGCUCGGGGAGCAGCGCGGGGCGCCGCGGGCGGAGCGGUCGGCGCGGUGCGGGGAGCUGCGUGCUGGUGGUGGCUGGAACGGAGGGUCCGGGGGCUGUGAGCGAUCGCUGUGCGCCGGCAACAGCGCUGGUGCUGUGCUCAAAGUGGGAGAUGUGCUGUAAUGGGGGAGCGUUGGGAGAUGUGAACGCAGAAAAAUGGAACUUAGAAAAACUUGGAAAACCUGCGGCUGAGAUAAAAGAAAGCAAGAGAUAUGUUUUAAAUGAUAUUAGGGAGGAGCACUGGUGAUGGCCCAGUCAAAUCGGUGUGUGCGUUCAUGUGUUCCCAUAUGUGAGCAGAGUUUUCCUUCUCUGGGAAGAAAUAAGAUGAUGUGAUGGUGUCAUGCAGUCCAUGACAGUCUGUUCACUGUCGGAAAAUGUAAAACAUCAUCCACUUGGGAGGAUAAAUAGAACAGAUGAGUAAAUCAGAUGGCUUUCAUGCAGGAGUGCAGAAAGAACUGCCCAGGGAAGUGUCAGUCCUGUUCUGAUGAUCUCCAGUGAAUGUUGGAUUGCUGUGCAGAUUCUGGACAGAACUGUGCUUUUUGAGGCCAGGGAGAGCCUUACGACAGCAUGGCCUCAUCUCCCAAAACAGCCAGGCCCUGCUUUAGCUCCAACCUGCACUCCUUCAACUCCAACUGCGGUGCAGCAUCCAGAGAGCUGAGGAUGGGCUGUGGCUGCACAGUGGGGGCUGCAAGCAGUGGUUGGGAGCCUGCAGGCACAGUGAGGAGAGGGCUGGCAUGCCUGCCUGCAGACUGCCUUGCAAAGAGCCCAUCUGCAGCCCCGGAUGACUCCUUUUCCUUGCUGCAGGUUGAAGCGCUGGGGCCUGAACUGCUACAUGUAUGCACCCAAAGACGAGCUGAAGCACCGGCUGCUCUGGCGAGAGCCUUACACACAGCAUGAGGCAGCCCAGAUGCAGUCUCUCAUCAAAACUGCCCAGGAGCACGGCGUGGAGUUCAUUUUCGCCAUUUCUGCUGGCCAGGACAUCGUGUUCUCAAGUGCUGGGGACAGGCUCCUGCUGCAGCAAAAACUCAGGCAGGUGGCUGCCCUGGGCUGCGGUGCCUUCGCGCUGCUUUUUGACGACAUCGAUCCCUGCUUGUGCCGCGCUGACACAGACGUCUUCCCCUCCCUGGCACAGGCACAGGCGUCUGUGGCCAACGAGGCGUACCGGGAGCUGGGCCUGCCUGCCACCUUCCUCUUCUGCCCCACAGAGUACUGCAGCUCACUCUGCUCCCCCAGCCCUGCUCAGUCCCGUUACCUACAGACCCUCGGCCGGGAGCUGCUCCCAGAGAUUGGGGUCAUCUGGACAGGCCCAAAGGUGGUGUCCCAGGAGCUCUCGGUUGCAUUGGUGGAGGAGGUGGAGCACGUCCUGCAGCGUCGCCUCCUCAUCUGGGACAACCUCUUUGCCAAUGACUACGACUGCCGACGUAUUUUCCUGGGCCCCUACACGGGCCGUGCCCCUGGCCUUAUGCCCCGGCUCUGUGGGCUGCUCCUCAACCCCAACUGCGAGCUCCAGGCCAACUUCAUCCCCAUCCACACUCUGGGCACUUGGUUCCACAGUGAGCUGCAGGGCUGUGCCUGCACCGACAGCACAGGAACAGAAGUUUCAGCAGAGCUGGGGGAUGGUCAGGGCCUGCAGGAAGGUUACAGCCCUCAGGAGGCUCUGGAGUUGGCACUGCUCGACUGGGUGGCUGAGAUAAAGCAGCAGGUGCUGGAGGCAGGAGGAAGGACUCCACUGCAAUCCAGCACUGGCUGCGAGGAAGAGGCAGGGCUGCAUCCUGGCACAGCAGGAGGGCAGGAGGCCCUGCUUGGCCCGCAGCCUUGUGACACUGCUCCCAGUGGGGCAGACCAGCACGAACCGGAGCCCUGUGACGUGACACCGGGGAACAGAAAGAGGAAGGCAACCUCAGUGCCUGAAGAGGGCAAUGGGAGCAGGGCCUCCACCGGUGGUCCAUGGAGCCCUGCAGAGGAUCGGGGCCGGCUCGCUUCAGGUAGCAGAGCGAGCUGUGAGCCCUCCUCUGCUCUGCCCAUCACAGCAGGGAGUGACAGGUCGGCAGGAGCUCCUGUGGCUGAUGAGACCCUCCACAGCCUGGGGACAGCAGUGUGCUGCAGCAGCAGGGCCAGCACCUGCCAGAGCGCUCCCCUGGACAGCGGUGAUGUCAGGGAAAGGGGCAGCAGCCCUCCUGGCAGUCCCCAGCCUGGGGCCAGCACUGCUGAUGUGCUCCAGAUACCCUCAGGGUCUAGGGCUGACCCCAGCCCUGGCCCCAUCUCACAGCUUGUUGAUGGGGCCACCACCAGCCCUGUCCCCACAGCACUGCUUGCUAAUGGGACUGCCAUAAGCCCUGUCCCCUCUGUGCCACUGAUCUCAGAAGAGGCUGGGUCAGACUCCGGUGCCCCACUGACUGUGGAGGAGGUGUGGAUGCUGGUGGAGCUCUUCUACCUGCCCUACCAUCACGGGCCACAGGCACAGCAUCUCUUGGAAGACCUUCGGUGGCUCCGGGCCAACGGUCCCAGCAUGGGAGUCCCCAGCAGAUCACCAGACUCCUGUGUGGUUGCACAGUGGCGCAGCCGGGCCCGUUCCUUCGGGCAGCUCUGUGCCCAGGUGUGCUGCCUGCACAGCCGCUUCGUCCGCAGUGCGGGGCAGGCGCUGCUCUACGACCUGCACCCCUACCUGUGGGACAUCCGCAACCUGCUGCUGGCUGCCAGCGCCUUUGUGCUGUGGUUGGAUGGCCGCCUCCUGUGUGACCCUGAGCACAAGGGCACCUGGGGAAGCUGCUUCAGCUGGUGCCAGAGCAUCACUGCCCCGCUCUUCCCAGGGGAGGACGCUGAGCCCUGGGUGCGCCGUGGGGGCCUCUUUGGAGACCUGCAGGCACUGCUGCCCGUGGGGAACAGCUGUGACCUCUUCUGCCAUCCACCUCCGCUCUUCCCAUCCCGACAGCUGUACCUCCUGCGCCCGCUGCUGCCCCAGGACAAGGGCAAGCUGUACCAAAUGUUCCGGGAGGGUCUGGAUGGUGAGCCCAGCACUGUGGAGGUCCUCGCGUCCCACCCUGACCUGCUGGGUGAUAGGGUGCUGGGCAGCUUCCUGAGCCUCAGCCCUGAGUACACCUUCGUGCUGGAGGAUGAGGGCGGCCCCUGCGGCUAUGCAGCUGGAGCGCUCUGUGCUGAACGAUUCCUGCAAGAGCGCGACAGCAGCUGGCUGCCGGCCAUGCAGCGCAGGUACCCCCGGGAGCUGGGGGUCCUGGGACAGGGUGUCCUGGAAGAAGCACUGCUCUUCUUCCACACGAAGCCGGUGGCUGUGCCGCUGCCCGUGCUGCGACGCUUCCCUUCCCUGGUGCAGCUGGACACGGCCCCGCGGGUGCAGGAUGUGGGUGCCAGCCGCAGUCUGGCUGUAAGCCUGCUGAGCGCCCUCAGAGCCAACGGCUCACGGGGAGUGUUUUGCCAAGUCAGUGCUGCAGACCACCGGCAGCUGAGCUUCUACAGCAAGCUGGGCUUCGUCGCGCUGCCCUUGCCCUGUCCCAGCUCCCCUGGAACGCAGCUCCUGGGACGUCUUCUCUGAGCGAGCAUCAGGGGCAGCCAUGGGGCAGCACCACGGGGCCCCAUCCCACACGGGAUCACUGGAGGAAUCAGGAGCGUGGAGCUUCUCGGGCCAGGCAGGGAUGUGGGAGCGUGGGCUGGGGGUGAGCGAGGUGCUCGUGGGGUGUGUGCAGUGCACCAGGCUGUGGGCUUUUUGGCAAGAGAGAAGCAUUUCUGCCCUUUUGGGAGAUAUGGGUACUGGGAACCUUCACUCUUGCUGGCUGAGCACCCUGAGCACCCUGAUGCAGGGCAUCCCUGGGCUGUGAAGAGCUCCCAGCCUGCAAGUGUGGGGUGGUGGUCCUGGAGCACAGCACGAUAGUGUGCCAGUCCUGCGGGUGGGGCUGCCCAGCUCUCCAUUCCCGUGUGGACCCAGGCUGGGAGGCUGGGGCUGGGGCUGGUUCUCAGCACCCAGGAGCUGCCUUGGAUCAAGCUUGCACGGGGCACAGUGAGGCAGACACAAUUCUGCUGCCCAAGGACUGAUGAAAGUUCUAUCCCUGGUAAUAAAGCAUUUGCUGGCCUUGUUGUUGGUCAUCUCAUGGGGAGAGCAUUGGGAUACCACCGACUCCUUCCAGCAAUCCAUAGCUGCCAGCCACCCAGCCCCGUGCUUGCAGCCAGCACAGUGGGACUUCGGCUACAGUGGCAGCCACAGCUCUGCCUCCAGCUGCUCCCCGGCCUGGGACCCCUCACCACAAUGAGGAAUGGCCCCAGUGCUGGCAGCGUGUGCUCAGCCAGGGUCCCCGCACCUCCUCUGCAAGAUGGGGUCUCCUGUGGCAAUGGCUCCGUUAUGGGUCUCUGGGGGCUCCUCAUGCCAGCAGGGCUGUAGAAUGAACGUCUGUCUGUCCUGCCACGGUCGUGGGGAAAGAGUUUGGAAGGAGGGAUGGAGGGACGAAGGGCUCACGGGAGGCUGCCUCUCCGUAGCUGCCCCGUACCCGUACGGCAGGGAAGAGGCUAAAGAGUGGCCGAGGUACCCGGAGCAGUGGGGACACGGGCAGUCCCUGCUU